GCUGAAGAUAUACUCUUAAUGAAGUGCGUGAUUACACUUUGUUAAACAACGCCAACCUAUGUUGAGCUAGUUUGCUAAUUAGUCUCUGCUUUUUGCAAGGUUUUCUGUAUUUUGUCCGAUUCUUUUCAACCUUUUUGUGCAAACUCUGAUCUCCUGCCAUCAUUUGCAGACUUUGUUUGGACAACAGUGCAAAUAUUGAAAUUCGCAAGGCAAAUCCAUUAGUUUAUAACGCUAAGUUUGAAUAUUGACUAGUCUCAGUUAAGAGCAAAAUGGCAGAUACGAGGUACGAGCUAACGGAAGACAACAAGUCUCCAAGACCCGUAUGGAAAACCAGAGCCAUACUUGCACUGAAGAUUCUAUUGGUUGUAGUGGUGUUCUUCAUUGGCUUCGUAAUAGGAUACUUUGUCAUGAAAGGUUCUAUUCCGAAAGACCGAGCGGAAAGUUCGUCUAACACUGCAGCUGCAGAUUAUAAUGAAUACGCCACAAGACUUGCGGAAUCACUUCAGGCAAAAAAUAUCGAGGAAUUCUCCAAGUAUUUUACCAAACAUCCUCACAUGGGAGGCACAACGCAGAACGACAAACUGGCAUACUACAUUCGGGAUAAGUGGCUGUCUUACGAGUUUAACGUGGACUUGGUUCGCUAUGACGUGUUAUUGUCAAUGCCUCGUAAGGAUAAGCCAAACGCUGUCAAAGUGAUCAACACCACAAACAACGAUGUUCUUGUUAAUAUAGAGGGCCCUGAGAAGACCAAGGAAGCAAGUGAAAAUGAUUCUUCAGUGGCAUCACCUUUUCUCGCUUAUUCGCCUCCUGGUGACGUCAGCGGUGAUCUGGUUUACGUCAAUUAUGGAAGAGUCGAAGACUUUGUUGAGCUAGAGGCUUUGGGACAAAACUGCUCAGGAAAGAUUGCAAUAAUGCGUUAUGGAAAGAUAUUUCGUGGUAAUAAGGUUGCAAAUGCUGAAAGCUAUGGUGCAAAGGGUGCCAUUUUAUUCUCUGAUCCCGCUGACUAUGCUCCCGGGGGCGUCGACAACACAUUCCCUAAGUCAUGGUGGUUACCGGAGACUGGCUCCCAGAGAGGUAGUAUACUUGGAAUAAACGGUGAUCCAUUGACACCCGAUCUGCCAUCCAAAGAAGGUAUAUACAGAAUCCCAAGGAAUAAAGCCAAGGGAAUUCCAGGAAUACCAGCUCAACCAAUGGGAUACGGCGAUGCGAUCAAGCUACUCAGCAUAAUGACAGGACCCGAGGCACCAGCAGCAUGGAGAGGAGGCCUUGCCAUUACUUACAGACUCGGUCCAGGCUUUAAAGACAGUAAUGUAACCCUUAGAUUGAUAGUAAACAACCAAUUUGUCGUCCGUCCAACGUAUAACGUGAUUGGUACAAUUAAUGGUAGGGAAGAACCAGACCGUGUGGUGUUGCUAGGCAACCAUCGUGACGCAUGGGUUUUUGGUGGAGUCGAUCCUUCAAGUGGGACAGCAGUUAUGAUGGAAUUGUCGCGUGGUGUUGGCGAGCUGAUGAAAACAAGCUGGAGGCCAAGGAGAACUAUCAUGUUUUGUAGCUGGGGGGCUGAAGAGUACGGGCUCAUAGGAUCAUGGGAAUGGGUGGAGGAAAAUCAAAAAUGGCUGGGAGAUAGAGCAGUUACUUACAUCAAUUUGGACUCGGCAGUAUCUGGCAAUUACUCCUUCUCUUCUAGUGGGAAUGCGUUAUUAACAGGUCUAAUUAUGGAGCAGGCGAAGAAAGCGACUGACCAAAACCAGGGCGUGUCCCUCUACGAGGCGUGGAAGAAGCGAAUUCCUGGAGAAGGCGGAAUGCCGCGUUUUGGAUCACUUGGUUCCGGUUCUGACUAUUCUCAUUUUGCGCAUUUCCUUGGAGUCCCAUCUAUUGAUAUAAGGUAUGUGUUCAGGUCGAUGAACGUCUCUGGCUACCCUGUUUACCAUUCGGUGCACGACACUUUCUAUUGGCAGAAAACAUUCACCGAUCCUUACUUUAAGUCUCACUUGACCGUAUCGCAAAUUGCCGCACGUAUCCUAGUUGCUGCCUCGGAUUCUCCCCUCUUGCCAUUCACUUUGGCCCCCUAUUCAGCAACACUAUUAUCUGGAUUCAAGAAUCUGAAAAAGAACGAAGGAGCUCAGCUUCAGUUACAUAACAUCACGUUAGACCAUCUGGAAGAGGCAAUUAAUAUCUUCAAAAAUGCGACGGACGUCUUUGAAUCCAAAAUAAAAGAAAUGAAAGUGUCCAAGGACUUUGCGAAGAUAAGAGCUUUGAAUGAUCAAGUGAUGUUGCUAGAACGGACUUUCAUCUGGCCUUAUGGGUUGCCCGGCCGCUCUGAUGUCCGUCAUGUGAUCUUUGCUCCUUCCUUACACAACCAGUAUGGUUCUUCGACAUUUCCUGGAAUUGGUGAUGUGCUGUUCGACAUUGUCAAGACAGGCAACUGGCAGGAGGUGAAACGCCAGAUCUCGAUCAUUACCUACAGCAUUCGAGCAGCUUCCAAGGCUGUUGGAUGGAUGUAUUAGUCAAGUCUGUCUCCCCCCUCCCCCUCCCCCAACAAGUUUAGCUUGAUCCUUGCCCUAAUAGUUAUCAUACAUGAUCACUAGAGAUUCCAGUUGCUGAACAGUUGCUGAAAGAAGAACCCUUUCAAUACUCAUGAUUUUUGUAAUAGAAAACUUGUAACAAAAAAAAAAAAAAAAGAUUUCCUUGCAUAACCACAUACAUGUUAAAGGGAAUAGUCCUCCCCGGCUUGGGUAUAAUGUUUUCCCAUUUCAGACCAUGUGCCAUUCCCUUGAGAAUAAGAUUCUUUGUUUAAGUUGUAUCAAUAUUCAUGUGCCUUCUCAUAUGCAACCAAGCGUAAGCAUUUAACAAAUAAAUGAUACUCUAGGGAAUGACACAUGGACUGAAAUGGGGAAACAUUAUGCCCGAAGCAAGGUGGUCUAUUCAAUAAUGAGGAAUAGUAAAGUUCUAUAUAAGUUUCAUUGAUGAAA